AUGUCGAAUUCCAGUUUUACAAUGCCAUCAGUGGAAUAUUUAAGCUACAAAGGAGUCCCAUUCCCCCACGUGGCUGUUACGGAGGAAUCUCUUGAUCAAAUGGAAAAUGAAUUCCGGUUUCUGAAUGAUGAUGUAGCUAUUGUCACUUACCCCAAAUCAGGUACCAUUUGGAUGUCAGAAAUCUUGGGCUUGAUCAGGCAGAAAGGGGACCCUGCAUGGACACACAGUUUACCCAUGUGGGACCGGAGUCCUUGGAUUGAGACCAGCCUAGGCUUGAAGAUAGCCUUGAGAAGUCCUCCACCCAGGGUAUUAUGUAGUCACGUCCAGUUUCAGCUUUUCCCAAAGUCCUUCCUGCAAUCCAAUGCCAAGAUUAUCUACACCUUGCGUAAUCCCAAGGAUGUGUUGAUCUCCUUCUACUAUUUUUCCAUGCUCUCGAGAUUAUUUAAGGAUCCUGGAACCCUUGAAGAGUUCAUGGAAGAGUUCCUGAGUGGGAAUGUGGCCUAUGGUUCCUGGUUUGAUCAUGUGAAGGGUUGGAUGGCGCUGAAAGGAAGGCCCAACUUUUUCUACAUCACCUAUGAAGAGCUGUGGCAGGACCUUCGAGGCAGCGUGGAGAAGAUCUGCCACUUCCUUGGGAAAGAGCUCAAUAGCCAGCAAAUUGAUUCCGUGGUGGAAUAUGCCUCUUUCCGGAAGAUGAAGGAGAACAAGAUGUCAAAUUUCUCCCUGAUACCGGAUCAUUUGAUGGACCACAAGAGAGGGACAUUUAUGAGGAAAGGAAUCUGCGGGGACUGGAAGAACCACCUAACAGUGCCACAGAACAAAUACUUUGACCGGGUUUAUCAGGAGAAAAUGUGGGGCAUGAAUACUACUUUCCCGUGGGACUGA